AUGACGAAUUCAGAGAUCGUUCAAAAGCUGAAAGUGUAUCGUGUUCUCGUUCUUCGAACUGCACAACGCUAUUGGCGUCUCGGUACUUCAGAUGACAUGCAAAGAAGGGGACGUCUAGUCACCGUCACGACUCCAGAAGCAGUCAAAGCCGUUCGAGAGAAAAUCAGACGCACUCCGGAAAGAAUCAUGAGAAAGAUGGCAAAAGAAUACGAAAUGAGUCAAGGAUCGAUGAGAACUAUUGUCAAGGACAAGCUGAAGAUGAUUCCCUACCGUAUGCAGAAAGGAGCCUUCCUCAAUCAAAAAAACAAGACAUUGCGGAUGAAAAAGGCUCGAAAGCUGCUCGCUGGCACGAAAGACGGCUCGCAUCUGACGACGCUAUUUACCGACGAGAAAAUCUUCACUGUGGAGGCGAACAAGAACGGCCAAAAUCAUCGGAUCAUCGCUACUGACUAUCAGAGUGCCUGUGAAAAAGGAAAAAUUCUGAAUAAAACUUUGCAUCCGGCUUCCGUGAUGGUUUUUGCCGGAAUUACCGCUGACGGCAAAACUCCGCUGAUUUUUGUGGAUCCUGGAGUCCAAGUGAACCAAGUGUACUACAGGGAGAAGAUUCUGAAGUUGGGGGUGUUGCCCUGGCCCGAUUCUCACUACGGAAACCGACCAUGGACCUUCCAGCAAGACGGCGCCCCAGCUCAUCGUGCCAAAGGGACUCAAGAGUGGUAUCGCGCCAAUUUUCCGAGUUCAUCUCGGCUGCUGAUUGGCCUGCUUCCUCGCCCGACCUCAACCCGAUGGACUAUGCCGUGUGAAUAUAUCUGA